AGAGACGUAGAUCUGAUGAUUAGUGAAGGUAGGAUCACACAGAGAGACGUAGAUCUGAUGAUUAGUGAAGGUAGGAUCACACACAGAGACGUAGAUCUGAUGAUUAGUGAAGGUAGGAUCACACACAGAGACGUAGAUCUGAUGAUUAGUGAAGGUAGGAUCACACACAGAGACGUAGAUCUGAUGAUUAGUGAAGGUAGGAUCACACACAGAGACGUAGAUCUGAUGAUUAGUGAAGGUAGGAUCACACACAGAGACGUAGAUCUGAUGAUUAGUGAAGGUAGGAUCACACAGAGAGACGUAGAUCUGAUGAUUAGUGAAGGUAGGAUCACACACAGAGACGUAGAUCUGAUGAUUAGUGAAGGUAGGAUCACACACAGAGACGUAGAUCUGAUGAUUAGUGAAGGUAGGAUCACACACAGAGACGUAGAUCUGAUGAUUAGUGAAGGUAGGAUCACACACAGAGACGUAGAUCUGAUGAUUAGUGAAGGUAGGAUCACACAGAGAGACGUAGAUCUGAUGAUUAGUGAAGGUAGGAUCACACAGAGAGACGUAGAUCUGAUGAUUAGUGAAGGUAGGAUCACACACAGAGACGUAGAUCUGAUGAUUAGUGAAGGUAGGAUCACACACAGAGACGUAGAUCUGAUGAUUAGUGAAGGUAGGAUCACACACAGAGACGUAGAUCUGAUGAUUAGUGAAGGUAGGAUCACACACAGAGACGUAGAUCUGAUGAUUAGUGAAGGUAGGAUCUCACAGAGAGACGUAGAUCUGAUGAUUAGUGAAGGUAGGAUCACACAGAGAGACGUAGAUCUGAUGAUUAGUGAAGGUAGGAUCACACACAGAGACGUAGAUCUGAUGAUUAGUGAAGGUAGGAUCACACACAGAGACGUAGAUCUGAUGAUUAGUGAAGGUAGGAUCACACACAGAGACGUAGAUCUGAUGAUUAGUGAAGGUAGGAUCACACACAGAGACGUAGAUCUGAUGAUUAGUGAAGGUAGGAUCACACACAGAGACGUAGAUCUGAUGAUUAGUGAAGGUAGGAUCACACAGAGAGACGUAGAUCUGAUGAUUAGUGAAGGUAGGAUCACACACAGAGACGUAGAUCUGAUGAUUAGUGAAGGUAGGAUCACACAGAGAGACGUAGAUCUGAUGAUUAGUGAAGGUAGGAUCACACACAGAGACGUAGAUCUGAUGAUUAGUGAAGGUAGGAUCACACAGAGAGACGUAGAUCUGAUGAUUAGUGAAGGUAGGAUCACACAGAGAGACGUAGAUCUGAUGAUUAGUGAAGGUAGGAUCACACACAGAGACGUAGAUCUGAUGAUUAGUGAAGGUAGGAUCACACACAGAGACGUAGAUCUGAUGAUUAGUGAAGGUAGGAUCACACACAGAGACGUAGAUCUGAUGAUUAGUGAAGGUAGGAUCACACAGAGAGACGUAGAUCUGAUGAUUAGUGAAGGUAGGAUCACACAGAGAGACGUAGAUCUGAUGAUUAGUGAAGGUAGGAUCACACACAGAGACGUAGAUCUGAUGAUUAGUGAAGGUAGGAUCACACACAGAGACGUAGAUCUGAUGAUUAGUGAAGGUAGGAUCACACAGAGAGACGUAGAUCUGAUGAUUAGUGAAGGUAGGAUCACACACAGAGACGUAGAUCUGAUGAUUAGUGAAGGUAGGAUCACACACAGAGACGUAGAUCUGAUGAUUAGUGAAGGUAGGAUCACACACAGAGACGUAGAUCUGAUGAUUAGUGAAGGUAGGAUCUCACAGAAACACCCACUGAGAAGACCAGAGAAAGGAGGAGCUGUAGUUAUUGGUUCCACUUCCAGCCUCCUGUCCUCUGAUUCCUCCUAUAGGAGCUGAUGUGACAGCUGACCCUCACACCUAAACAAAGAC